UAGGUAAGAGGCUGUACUCUGAGGUAGGUAGGUAGGUAGCCAGGCAUUUUUUUUUAGCAAGGCAGUAAAGUCGCUGCCUCACACACACCACACCGGCCCCAGGGGAGACUGUAGUGUACUCUGUCCUGGAGAGAGAAUCUGUCCCAGCCAAAGUAUGGCCCACUCUGCAGCAGGCCUACAGACCCGUUCUGAGGAUGAGUGUCCCAUCUGUAUGAGCCCCCUGAUGGAUCCACAUCACCCUGCUGCCUGUUCUCAUGUGUUCUGCCGACGAUGUCUCUCGCGCUCUUUAAAGUGGUCACCCCACUGCCCUUUGUGCAGAGCUAAGGCACAGGCUGAUGACAUAAUGCCUGCUGGUGCCACUGGUGUCACAGUCCAGACGAGGACCACAGUCAUCAGGUUGGAUCAACCUCUCUCUGGCUUGACGAGGAUUUACACCCCAGCAACUAGACCUGUGACAGGUGAUAUCCAGAGUGCUGCAGUGAGGACGUUUGUCUGUCCGAUCUGCCAGGAGAGUGGUCUGAAUGAGCAGGAUCUGGUGGGUCACUGCAAUGACAACCAUCACUAUAACAACGGGCCCGUGGUGUGUCCGGUGUGUGUCUCUCUACCACACGGUAACCCAAACCAAAUCAGCAGGAACUUCAUCAGACAUUUGAACCUAAGACACUGCUAUUAUGCGGAGGACUACACGAAUAUCCAUCAAACCGAUACGUUGAACGUGCAAUAUGCCAUCAUUGAGUCUCUCCGAGAUGCCAACCUGAAUCCAAGAUGAUCUUGACUGAUAUCAUUUAUUAACUAGCAAUUUAGCAAUAACAAUGUCAUCAUGAUUUGUGUACUAAGUAAUAUGCUAAAUAUUUUGAUGCCAGAGCUGCUCACAUAAACAUUGAAAAUUGUAAUGUUGUCAAAUUUUUCUUUCUUUUGAGUGUAUGACAUCAAAUUUAUUGCAACUAGUCUAACUGCCAAUAAAUAAACACUUAUGACAUGUUACAUACUGUAGAAAUAUUUUGAUAAAUCUAUCAUAAAAUCUACCAACUAUAAUAUUGACACUAGCUUUGAUGUACUUUUCCAUUUCAUGUCUUUGUAUAUACUUAACUAUAAUAAAGGAAUUGAAUAAAACAUGUAUGCGGUUGUA